UUAGCUAGCAGCUUGUUGCCAAGAUAUGCAAAUUCAGUUAAUUCACGACUUUGUUGUUGACCUGGAGUUAAUCGUUACUCGCCGUGUUAGUUUACAUUCGUCACGGAUUUACGUAUUAUCGACACUAUUGUCCUUCCCAUUUCAAUUGAAGCUUUUUUCUGUUACAGUUUUAACAUCAACAAGUUGGAAUUCCGAUAGAAAUUACAUCAAAAGGUUCAUUCGUCCUCGUGUCACCAAAACGAAAAUCGAUCGGGGGAAAUGCUCACAAAAUUGCACAAAUAUGCCCGAAAGCCAAAUAAACUCAUGCUCAUUCUCGUCCCAUUGGGUUUUAUAUGGACGCUGUAUUUGAUAAAAGCCCAACUAGACUUACAACGACUUCAUGUGAACAAGAAUUAUUUGAGGGAACGGAUUAUCGAAUUAUCCAAAGAGUACGUCAAGGCUGUCGCCCGCGAGAAGGAAACGAAUGGCAUAGACGGACAAUCUGUUCUUGAGGUUCCUGAUCUCAAACAGACAACAUCUCUGUUGCUGCAAAGCAUGCUAGAUCGCCUCAUGAACUUGGAGAAACAAGUUGAAAAUGUCAUUUCACAAAGUGCUUUGGAUAUUUCCGAACUGUCCCAAAAGGUUAAGUCCCUCAACAAAUCCCUGAGAAGUAUUGCUGUGAACUUCACCCGUGAGGUAACUGUACGUCAAUGUAAAGUUCCAACUAAUCCAGCAUAUCCGGAAUGUGCUGCCAAAGUCAAGUGGAUGUCAGAACAUUGGAAAAGUGAUCCAAAAUACUCUGAACAUGGUGUGAAUGGUACAUUGUGCUCCUUCCUGGCUUAUCUAAGUAAAGUUGAGUCGUUUUGCCCGUCAGAAAAUGACCGUGGUUAUACAGCACACCCAAAUGACUGUAAAGUUCCUCCACAUUCAGGAGCCUUCCCUAAUUGUGAACAAAAAGUGGAGUGGAUGAAAUCAUCCUGGAAAACCGACCCUUGCUAUGCUAAUGAUUUUGGUGUUAAUGGGACAAUAUGCUCUUUCUUGAUUUAUCUUAGCGAGGUUGAGUCUUGGUGUCCAAGAUUGCCUAGCAGACGUUCAGUUGAAAAGGGGGAAUCGUCAAAAGUGGUUGAAAAAGUUAAUGUCAAAGGCACAAGCAUGGAAAAAUUGAUGGAUAGACUCACAAGAGUUGUGUCUGAAGGGCGGUUAAAAUGGAUUCGAACAAGGGUGGUGCGUAUGUACAAUUAUUGGACCGAAGCAAUGAGCUCUUUGCGACGCAGAGUAAAUGUCACCGAUAAACCAGCAAAAAAGGUUCUUAUCCAUGUUGGUGUGCUUGCAGAAGAAAAAUCAUUGCAUUUUGCCGAGACAGCGAGUAAAGGCGGACCGCUUGGUGAACUCGUCCAAUGGUGUGAUUUAAUAACCUCACUUUACAUAUUAGGACAUGAUAUCACAGUUACUGUGGAGCAUUCUGAAAUGAUAAGUGUUCUUGGUGGAAAUGCAGGAACUGCAAAAAGAUCCUGUCCUCCUAAAGAUGGACAUAUGUCAGUAGAUUUAAUCUUCACAGAUUAUUAUGGACUAAACUAUCUUAAAAAGAAAGCAAGAUCUCUGUUACAGCCUUACAAGUGUAGGUUACGUAUCGUGGAUUCUUUCGGAACCGAAGCCCAGUUCAACCACAAUGGACCGCUGCCAGCCAUUGGCAACCCAGUACCUCAUAUUACGCAAAAUCAAUUUGGGAAGAAUGAACUAAAGCUAAAACAAUAUAUGACUAUGUUUCCUCACAGUCCUGACAACACAUUCCUGGGCUUCGUAGUAGACAGUAAAAGCAACGUUCCGACGUCUGUGACUAAGAAAAAACAGGCCUUGGCUUAUGGCAAACAUUACUACAUGUGGAGAGAUUUAAAGAAUCGUGGAUUUUUGGAUAUCAUUCACGAGGACUUUGAAGUACACGCAACCACUGGUGGACUGCCAUUACAAGAAGUUAAGAAGUUUCUCCCAUCGUACGUCAUCAACCACGGUGUUGUUGGGUCCGGUAAACUACAGGACUUGCUAAGAGAGUCAAAGAUUUUUGUUGGUCUUGGGUUUCCUUAUGAAGGACCAGCACCAUUGGAAGCUAUCGCCCAAGGAUGCUUUUUCAUAAACCCACAGUUUAAGACGCCAAAGAAUCGUGAAAAUACUCCAUUCUUCAAGGGAAAGCCAACAUUCAGGGCAUUGACUUCGCAACAUCCUUAUGCCGAGGAGUUUAUCGGGGAACCUAGAGUGUUAACUGUGGAUAUCAAUGAUCCUGUGGAAGUAAAAGCAGCAAUAGAGAAGAUCAUCGAUAAUGAGCCAUCACCCUACUUACCUUUUGAAUACACGCACGAGGGAAUGUUGGAACGAGUGAAUGCACUGAUUCACAACCAGGAUUUCUGUCGUCCAGGGACGGCCUUGUGGCCACCAAUUACUUCUAGGACAGUUGUAACUGGACUGCAAGGACAAUCAUGCGUGGCUGCUUGUCGUCAACAAGGUCUGGUUUGUGAACCUGCCUAUUUUGAAAGUUUAAACAACCUGGAUUCCUUCAAAAAUUCAUCUUUGCCAUGUCAGGAUGACAGCUCAAUAAGAAGUCGAAUGUCACUUGUGGCACCAGCUUAUGUCAGUGCAGAGAAAAUUUGCGUGUUACAGAUGGUUCCAUCUCUCUACAGCUGUACUACCUAUGACAGUACUGUGACAAGGAUUUGUCCCUGCCGAGAUUACAGAAAAGGCCAGGUUGCAUUGUGCAAAACCUGUUACUGAAUAUGACGAAGGCUUGGUAAAUUUUAGAGAAAAUUUCAGGCUAAAUGUGCUGGGCUGGUCCCCCAGCAAACAACAAUAAUGUACCCUGCAUCAAAUGCUGGUAAUUUGGUAUGAGAAUGUUCAUGGUGGAGAUCUUUCUAGUGGUUAGGUUAGGGGUGAAAAAAAUAUUUAUUUAUUGUGGUUUCUUUCUUGGUCUAAUGAGUUACCCAGUUACAAAUUAUUAUCAUAUUAUUGGUCAGCUGGAAACAAUCACCCAUGCUGUCUCACCAUUAAGUAUGCCAAUUAUGUUUAGGAAUAAUUGUAAAUAAAAUUGUUUUAAGUUAUAUUCGUUGAUGAACUAAAUAACGUUUUUAACUGAAACUUUUUGCUUAGGAAAUUGAAUAAAAAUGUUA